CCCACACACUGACUCACAAUGUCUUGCACUAAGCUCAUAUCGCUUACCCUGGUUGUCCUGUUUAGCAUUGGAUUAGCCAGCGCUGGUAGGGUAUCUAGAUACUCUAGUUCCCAGGGAACAGGCACUGGAGGUGGAGAGGGUGGAGGAGCGGUGAACGGCGGCGGCGGAGGAAGUGGGAAUGGCCAGGGCACUGCUCAGAGUGGAGGUGGAGGAACCCAUGCAAGUGCUGGAGGCGGCGGAGGCGGGGGUGGUUGGUCAGGGCUUAAUGGUACUGGGUAUGGCGCUGGGUCCGGUAGCGGCUCAAGCUCUGGCCAGAUGAGCCAAGGGUCGUCAUCUUAUGGUGGUGAUGGUGGGAGUACAAGCGCAGGUGGCUCCGGUGGCGGGGGCGGUGGUGGAGAGGCGGCCGACGACGACGACGACUGCCCUGCUGACUCCAGUGGCUUUGGGACAGGUGGCGGCACCGGAUCUGGUUCAAGCGAGGCGAACAACGACGGUGGUUCCUCCUACACAAAUGCAAAUGCUUCCGGUAAUGGUGGCGGCGAGGGCGGUGGUAAAAAUGGUGGAACCGGCGGUGGCGCAGGCAGUGGAAACGGUUACAGUGACGCAAACCCUUGAAGCUUCUUCGUGCAAUCAAAACAGAGCAAGAGCCCAAGCUAUUGUCGUUCGCUUUUUUCUAUUUGCCCUUGUUUUGUUCUUAUGUUUCCAUGUAUUAGGGACAACUAAUAAAGGGAUUCAUUACAUAGGCGUGCACAAGUAACACGGAGACUAGCUAUUUCACUGUGAGAAACUUUUAUGUAUCACUCCCAACCGUAUUUAUCUAAAUGUUACUCCAACCUUUCAUUCCA